AUGUGUGCCAACGGUCACGCAUCAGCACACCCGCGCUACAGAUCCAACUAUCCCUUAGCUCCAUUGCGACCGCCAGCCAACAAGGUCCUCAUGAAGCCAUGGGAAAGGAGGUUUGCGACGCUGGCGCAUACUGGAAAGCGUGGUCACGAAGAGAGAGCCACCAGCCGCCGCCAAAAGAAGAAUUGUGCGACGCAAGCGUCCAGAGCUCCCCAGCUCAGCACCACCACGCCCCCAGGUUGGUCCAGAUUUUAG